CAAGAUAUGUUGACGGAGGUGUUGUGAUAUUGGUUUGUUUGGAAAGAAGCAUAAGAGUUUAUAUGGUACAGUGUUACCCUGUAAAGUUUGUGUAGUUUUACAGGUGAUAUCCGAAACAGAUAUCACACUAUUUCAUCGUUGCGUUUUUUUGUUUCGUUAGAUGUGAUUAAGAUGCUGGAAAUGCGCCGUGAUUGGGAGUGAAUUACUUCGGUGUUCAUAGACAUAAUCGUAUUUGUGUUGGAUACAUCCUGUAAAUGAGAGAUGAAUGUGGGUGAUGUGGAUAUGAAUGGAGAAGCUGAUGAUAAUGACACUGACAGCACAGACUGCAUAACAAGUACUCCUAUACAUCAUGAUCGAAGUAAACACUGCAUGGCCUCAGGCGGAGGUGCUCGUCCGAAGAACAGACAUUUGGUUAAUCAUUUAGCAAAUGGUAUUUCCAGUCAUGUAAUUGAUGGUGCUGUAGCUGUGAAUAACAAUUUACCUGUGGAUGCUGUUAGUGAAGCAACAAGCAGCAAGACAGAAGUCAAUUUGGGCGUUACCGUAAACAAGGUUCUCAAUGGUUUGAACUCAAACCAACCAGAAAACUCAUUACCUCUCUGCGUAGAAUCAUAUUUGGGGACUGCCAACGUUAAUAACUCUGUUUCAUCGUGUUCGCGUCCACUCCAGAACGGGACGGGCAAAAAUUCCAUGCGCCAUAGAGAAAGGAGCGGAGUUGUAAGUAAAAGGUGGAAUGACGAUGAAAGUUCUAGUGAUACGGGAAAUGAAGGUGAAGAUGUGUUGUCUGCGGACGAGUGUUGUUUUUACACCUACAAGGGCGAUCAGUUAGCAGAUUUACCGAGCUCGUUCUUCAGGCUCGAUGUCGUUGGUAACGGCGAACAAUGUGUAGGAGAAAAUUCCCCAAGAACCAGUGGAAACGGAGAAAUUAAUGAAAAUGUUCAUCCUCACAGUGGAAGCUCCUCACCAGAUAUGGAUUUUUUGGAAAUGGAUUUUGAUCCCGGACAUUCUUGCGAUCAGAACUCAGACGAUGAUUCUGAUGUAUGUGAGUUAAGGGAAGAAGAGUCUUGCCAUGAAACUGCCACAACUGAAAGGGUAUUUGAGGUAGCUUCUGACUUGGUGGAAGAUGAGGUAGGAGACACUCAGGAACAAUGUCCCUGUAAUCAUAGUGAAUUAGUGCCAUCUUCGGAAAAUGGUGCAGUUGCACUAGUACCAACACCACUUACUCCUGAAGGAAAUAAUGUAUCAGAAUCUCACAAUAUAAUUUCUCUCCCUCAAAAAAUGCCAACGAAUUUGCAAUCAUUGUUUCUUCCUCGCAGCCGUAGCAGUGAAGUUUUUCCAAGCACUAGUACUACUAGUGUUGUCUGUUGGCCGGCAAGAGACACUCGAGGUCAUCAUUGUAGUGGUGCAGAUCUGUGUUCUCCGGGUGAAACCGAUGUGUGUUGCAGUGACUGUCCAGUUGACCAUGCAGGUUUGUGGAAUGAAUCCCACUCCAGGUUGCAGUGUGAGCAAUUGCCAGAUACCAGGAAGCAUAGCCUCCAUACUUCUCUUUAUCACAGCAUAAUGGCGAAGAGGUUGCUUCUGAGUAUUCACCCAGAUGUUGAAGAAGGCAGUUCAAUAAAACAUAACAGGAAGAUAGCGGAAAGAGUAAUGAUUUGGUCAGAGAAAGAAGCUUGUGCCAAAAAUGUUACACAGAUUGGCACUUCUCAGUGUGGAGCAACAGCUGUCAUCAAUGUACUGCUGGUGUUUAACAUCCCAUACUCACUUGAGAGAGUGAAGGACGCAGUCAGGACAAGGUUAAGAGCAGAAGCUGCCCCUCUUCCGGAAUACCUGUUGUCUAGAUCUUUUGCUGGAGCUACACACGAAGACCUCAUCCGGGGAGUCCAGCAGGCAUCAGAUGGCUUUGUUUAUGCUCGCUUCAUUCACAUGUACCCCAACCGAGUUUCUUCACUCACAAAAUGGCUAGCUAGUUGGAUGAGGAAAGGUGCUGUGCCAAUCCUGACACUGAAUUUACAGAAGGGUGUAGCCCCAGGUAGCCCAGUGCCAGAUGCAUGGCACCACCAAAUGGUUUUUGGUGUUGGUCCUCAAGGCAUCUACCUCACCAACCCCCUAGAGUGUGUCAGUGAGGAAGCCCUGUGGCCGCAACUGUCCAGCCCCUCGGUACUGCUCAUCAGGCGAAGUGACAUCCUCGCUCGGUGGAAUGAAGUGACAGAUCUCCGUACACUUCUCUGCCAGGCAGAUCGUCGCUGGAAGGAUAUGAAUGUUUUGGGGCAAGUUGUGAACAUCAUUCGCGAGUCAGCAACAUCCCGAGCGCAGAGCCAGGGCCGUGUUUUGACAUCUCAUAUAACAAUACCUGCAUCAUACAGUUCAGGAAUUACAUUGGUUAUCAGCAGAGAAUCUCCUUUCUAUGAAGAACUGAAAAAUUCACCUUCCUCACACUUUUAUGCUUGAUGUCUCCUCCCAGGUGAAGUGUACAGAUUAUACAUUUACAUUGUGGAACAUGUGUAAAACAAAUUAUUUUCAGAGUACAACUUCCUUUUUUAUUUAGUGCUAGAUAUAAUGUAAAAAGGCAUUGAGCAUGCUUUAUAUUCUAUGUUAUAUGAUUUUUUAAAGUUUUGUUUUGUGGCAAAUUUUGAUAUUGGAUGAAGAUGUGAAAAUGUAUUUGGAAGUGGCACAUAAAGCUCAUCUUGCUGAAACCCAAGCCAAUCAACCUGUAGGCAACCGUACCAAUUUUCUGUUUUGUCCCACUUUCUCAGCAAUUUGCAGUUGAGUCUAGUCGUAAUGUGUUGGGAAUAGUUUAAUUAUCACAUAUGUAAAUUUUUCUUUUGUUUUUCCUUAUGACAAAUACAGAGCAUUCCUAAUGAUCCUUUUUGACUCAGAAUGCCGGUUAACAUGAAAUACCCAACACUGUUCAUAAAAUAGCUGUUUAUUUUCUUGUAAUUACUUGCUGUACUGUCAAGGAAAUGUGUUUUAUGUGAGGGCAAACUAGCUUGUUGUAAAUCAUCUUCCU